CUCAUGUAAACACCUGUGCUCGUGUCAGUGUCAGAUAGCUAACAGGAGCGGGCAGAGAUGAGUAGCAGGUUGCACUUUUGUCUGGUUUGUUUUCCAAAAAUAAUUAAAAAGACAUGGACAAUGAAUCAAGUGCAAACACAAUAGUCAGUCGCCAAAAUCCACCAAGUACAAACCACCUGAAGUCUCUUUCUGUAUAUUCCCAGAGGGUCAUGUGUGACCAACAGAGGGGUCCUCGUUCCCCAGUAGAGCCUCCUGAUCCUUUUGUCAACUUCAAAUUUAAAAUAGUUAAUGACUCUGGGAGAAAAAGGAAACUGGGGCAUAGUGGUAUGAACAAUGACUACAACAGUAAAAAGCAGUGUAGUUCCAAUGCUCUGUCCCCAGACCUUGGUUGCUUUAUGGACUACUCUAGCUCUCUUACUAGGAACAAUUCACUAUCCCCCUUUGCAGCCCCGUACCCUGUGCUUAAAGAAGAGACUGCAGCUAGGAGCGACACUAAAGGAACUGUGAGCUCUCGGCUGGAUUUGGAGCAUGUUCAGUGUGGGUGCUCCAAAGAGGAGGUAGAGAAGACUGAGAAGAUCGUCAAAAACAUGUCAUCUGUGUUCGACAAUGACAUUAAUGACAUCUUAUGCCUCAAUCCACCAAAACUGGAGAUGGUCGAACCAACCAUUAAGGAGGAUAAAGCUGACGCUGGACCUGUGGAGGAUGACAGAGGAUACGUUUCUUCUGUCUUGCAUUCUUCUGAAUGCAAGACAGAAGAUCCACCAGAGCAGCUGGGGCACGAGCAAGCUUCAACGUGUGCUCCACACUUUUCUUUUUUAAUUAAGGACAGUAGCGAGACUGUGACUGGACCACUGCUGGGGCCCGUUAAGUGUGAUGGAAGCUUUUUAGAGGGAGAAGAUGAGGUUUUUAAUAUUGGACAGCCAAUAUUUGAGUCCUCUGUAUGCCAGCCAUCUGCUGAAGCAGAGCAGAAGAGCGGGCUGUCGGAAGCUCUUAAGACCAUAAACGUAUCCCAGACCUACAACUCUGGAGACUACACUGUGGACACUUUAUAUGAAACCACGUUGCCCUUACAGGUGCAGGUGAAAUCAAAAGUGGUGGUUCCAGGUCAGAGUGAGGGGAUCAGUAAACCAGCAUCCUCUACCCAACCAGAUCAGAAGACGAGCUCUGCAGACAAAAAGAGGGACAAAACUGUCAAGCGUGGAAGGGGUCACAGACCCAAAAUCCUUGACAACAGUAUGGAAUGGGAACAUCAUAAAAGGCAGUACAUAUUUUCUGUCAAAAGCCACAUGACUGAAAAUCCAGGUAGAGCUCAAGGACCCAUGACUGAACUUCUGGACUUGAUGACGCAUGUCGCCGGUCAGACGGGCUCUAAUGGCUCUCGGUGGCAGCACCCCUCGGACCUCACAUGCAGAAAUUACCAAAGACGCUUUGGGAACGAGACACCAACCAUGACUCUUAGUGAAUGGCAGGCAAAGAAUAAUACUCGCCACAGGCGCUUCUCCAAAGUCCCCAAAAUUUUCGAAAGAAGCCCCUAUCCUUGAAUGUGCACUUAAAGAGUAACCACGUUGUAAUUGCUCUACUCUUUAUAAAUCUGUAUUGUAUUUUAUUAGACUAUAUAUCAAUGUUAGCUCUGUUUCUUUUUUCUUGGUUUUGUUGCAUGUAAUCUUGUGUGUUGGCUUUAAAUGUUGCCUUUGUUUUUCUUAAUAUUUUGCAUGCACUUUCUUAUAUUAACGAAUGUUUUAAGGUAUUUUGAUGUUAUUCAUGGUAAAGAUUUAUCUCUUGUGUGUUUCCAGAAAAUAGGUGGACCUACAUAUAUGUGUUUUUUUGUUGUUGUUUUUUUACUAGAAAUGAAACAACCAUAGUUUUAAUACUCUUUUCAUCUGUUGCAAUUGGUUUAAACGAUCUGUGGUUUAGUUUGGCAGGGAGACCAGUAAUGAUGUUUGGCCUGUUCAGUUCUUGCAGCAGCUCUGACUUUGUGUGAUUGUCAGCUUCAUUCUGAGUUCUCCUCCUACAGCAGUACCUGAGCGCUCUGCAGGUGGAUGCUGACAGAUUUGACGUGUGAAUCUCAUCAGUAUGGGUGUCCUGCACUGAAUAAUCCAUGCUGUUUAAGUCGAGACUUGUGCAGCUAUUUACAGUACAGCAGUGUAUUUCCUUCCCUGUUUAUGAGCAGGAUCACUGCAGCAAAAGAGUUGUUGUUGAUCUGGCAUGUCAUACAGUUGUACAGCUGUGUUUAGGCUAUCCAAAAACGGGGGGAAUAUACUUAAUACUAAGAAUUGUGUUACUUUGAAGCUCAGUCUGGUUCUGAUGUUGAGAAAUUGAUUUCACAAGCUUACUUGCCUUUUUUCUAGUACAAGUUGCUGACUUUUCUGUAACUUGAUGAGCCAGAAAUCAGGUUGCUGGGGGUUCUGAUUUUGAAUGAUUUUCUUAAAGAUUUAAUUACACUAUUUCAGAGGAAAUCUUUAGUUUUAAUCAAAGUUUUGUAAAUCUGUUUACCUUUAAAAAAAAGAAAAGAAAAAGUGAGUCACAGUCUUGACUUUCUUACGCAGAAAGCUUGUGUGCACCAAAUUAAGAUCUCAUUAAGACCUUUUUUUGAUUGGAAAAUAUUAGAAUUUUAUUUCAUUUAAGCAUUUACAAGUAAGCAUACACCAUUGUCUUCAUAACUGAAGUGUAAAGAUUGUGCAUAAUAGUUCAACCAUGCUAGCCCUCGUGACCGCUGUACAAUGAUCAUAAAUAUGAAAGCACUAAUAAAGCAGUUAAUUUUUUUCUAAAACAUGCUUUUGAUUCUCAUUUCUGUGUUG